AUGGCAUUUAGCUGGAUACUUCAACUAAUCAAACAUGGUCGUAGAAGGCAGUCGUCAUCUAUACAGUUUUUCAAAUUUGCUGAAAAUGUCCGAAAGAAUUAUGUGAAACAAGCAAUUCUUCAUGUAUAUAUAAAAUCUAGUGGAUGGAGUUCAGAAGAUGUUUAUUCACAAACAUCUGUCAAUCUUGAGAUUUUGAAAGUAAUUAAAAGUCCUAAACGGAAAGAAUCGAAUAAUGCAAGAUAUUCAGUGUUUAACAAUACGGUUGUUUUGCCAUCAGUAGAGGGAAAAUGGUAUAAAAUUAAUAUAACAAAUGUUGUUGAUGAAUGGUUCAGAUUUCCAAGAAAUAAUCUAGGGAUUGAAAUUAUCGGUUUGGAUCGCAAAGGAAAACACGCCGUUGUUCUUGAUCACGAUUUUGAGGAUGGAUCUAUGGUACCUUAUAUAGAAGUUUAUACCGAAGACGGGCGCCGAAGGCGAUUCAAACGAGAAAUAAGUAAUGACUGUACCGAGGACUCGAACACAACGUUGUGUUGUCGUUUUCCACUAAAGGUUGAUUUUGAAGAAUUUGGAUGGGACUGGGUUAUAGCUCCCAAAACCUAUGAAGCUCAUUACUGUAAUGGUGAUUGCCCUUAUAUUUAUUUGCAAAAGAAUCCGCAUACUCACAUAGUUCACUUAGCAAGGCCUACGGGGUCUCCAGGUCCUUGCUGCGCACCUCGACAGAUGAGCCCCAUAUCAAUGCUGUAUUUUGAUGCAGAUUUGAAUAUUGUUUAUGGUACAUUACCGGGAAUGGUAGUUGACAGAUGCGGUUGUUCCUAGUUGAAUUGUGCAAUCAAUUUUUGUGAUUUGACGCUUUUGGACUUUUUAGAUGUUUUAAAUAUUUAUAUUUA